GACAGUCCAAAGUAUAAAGAAGCGCGAGCGUUAUUAUCAGUGGAAAAAAGUAGAUUCUGUAUGACCUACCGCGCGCGGAUAGAAGCAAGCUUCCUACUCGCUAUCUGUCGAUUGUGAUACAGAACUACAUGUCCAUCAGGAUAAACGGACAUCUUUCCAACUUCAGGAGUAACCAUCUUAAAAUGGAGUGGGAAUUAUGGAUUUAAAGCAGAGAGGACUUGAAAUGGGUGGUCUGCUGGCAGAGCUGCUGCUCUGGAAUUGCCUGCUGAUGGCGGUUGAUGGCUCCCCCCUCCUUCUCUUUGCCAACAGACGAGACGUGAGAUUGGUUGAUGGUGAUGGUGUGCGAGGCGCAUCAGCCAUUGUUGUCAGCGAACUUGAAGAUGCAGCUGCAGUGGACUUCCUGUUUGAUGAGAGCCUGAUCUUUUGGACUGACGUCAGUGAGGAGGCCAUCAAACAAACCCACUGGAAUCGGUCGUCCAACUCUCUUAAGGAGGCUUUGGGAACUGGCCAAGCAGUGGUCGUGUCUGGGCUGAGCAGUCCUGAUGGGUUAGCCUGUGACUGGCUGGGGAAGAAGCUCUACUGGACAGACUCAGAGACCAAUCGGAUUGAAGUCGCCAACCUGGACGGCACCUCCAGGAAAGUCCUAGUUUGGAUGGACUUGGACCAACCCAGGGCUAUUGCCCUUAAUCCUGGACUAAGAUACAUGUAUUGGACAGACUGGGGAGAGGAGCCUCGGAUAGAAUGCGCUGGCAUGGAUGGCAGCAGCAGGAAAGUCAUAGUGAAUAAGAACAUACACUGGCCCAAUGGUCUCACCAUAGACCUGGUGGAGGAGAAGUUGUACUGGGCAGAUGCCAAGCUCAGCUUCAUUCACAGAGCCAACCUGGAUGGCUCUGCACGAGAAGCAGUGGUGGAGGGCACCCUGACCCAUCCUUUUGCACUAACCUUGUCUAAAGAGACGUUAUAUUGGACUGACUGGCAGACUCGCUCCAUCCAUGCCUGUAACAAACACAGUGGAGAUAAAAUCAGAGAGAUCCUCGAUGGGAUUUAUUCUCCAAUGGACAUCCAGGUUCUGGAGUCUUAUCGACAGCCUUACAUUCAGACCCCGUGCAGCAACGAUAACGGAGGCUGCAGUCACCUCUGCCUGCUCUCUCCGCUCCAGCCUUUCUACAGCUGCGCCUGUCCCACGGGAGUCCAGCUUAAAGCAGAUGGAAAGACAUGCAAGCCAGGUGCAGAGCAGGUUUUGCUGCUGGCAAGAAGGACAGACCUAAGGAGAAUCUCACUUGAUCUGCCAGAUUUCACUGACAUAGUGCUACAGGUUCAUGACAUUCGACAUGCUAUAGCUAUAGACUAUGACCCAGUUGAAGGUUUUGUCUACUGGACAGAUGAUGAGGUUCGGGCCAUACGACGAUCUUACAUUGAUGGCAGCAAUGCCAUGGUACUGGUUACCAUGGAUAUCAACCACCCAGAUGGCAUUGCUGUUGACUGGGUGGCCAGAAACCUUUACUGGACUGACACUGGCACUGAUCGGAUUGAGGUUACCAGACUAAAUGGAACUUCACGAAAAAUUUUGAUUUCGGAGGACCUGGAGGAACCCAGAGCCAUUGUUCUGGAUCCUGUUAAUGGUUUUAUGUACUGGACUGAUUGGGGUCAGUAUCCUAAGAUUGAGAGAGCAAACCUGGAUGGAACAGCCCGGGUGGUUCUGCUCAACAGCUCUCUUGGCUGGCCUAAUGGAUUAGCCAUAGACUACACAGCAGGGAAGCUUUACUGGGGAGACGCUAAAACUGACAAGAUAGAGGUGAUCAACGUGGACGGCAGCAACAGGCAGACUCUGCUGGAGGACAAGCUGCCUCAUAUCUUUGGCUUUACUCUGCUGGGUGAAUACAUCUACUGGACCGACUGGCAGAGUCGCAGCAUUGAGAGGAUCCACAAAGCCACCGCUGUGCGAGAGAUCAUCAUCGAUCAGCUGCCAGAUUUAAUGGGCUUAAAGGCUACGAAAGUCACAGAGACCUACGGUACAAACGACUGUGCAGAGAAUAAUGGUGGGUGCAGCCAUCUGUGUUUUUGGUGUGAGCAGGCGGUCCGCUGUGCUUGUCCCAUGGGGCUAGAGCUCCUCUCAGACCUCCGGACCUGCGUGGUGCCGGAGGCCUUCCUGCUGUUUACCAACAGGGACAGCAUCAGGAGCAUUUCUUUGGGCACAAACAGCAACGAUGUGGCCAUUCCUCUGACAGGAGUCAAAGAGGCCUCGGCUCUUGAUUUUGAUGUUUCAGAAAGGAGAAUUUACUGGACAGACAUACAGGCCAAGACCAUCAGCAGAGCAUAUAUGAACGGCAGCUCCAUGGAACACGUCAUAGAGUUUGGACUUGACUACCCUGAAGGCAUGGCCAUUGACUGGAUGGGUCGUAACAUCUACUGGGCGGAUACUGGCACAAACCGCAUUGAGGUGGCCCGCUUGGAUGGCCAGUACAGACAAGUUUUGGUCUGUAAAGACCUGGAUAACCCACGCCUGCUGGAUAACCCACGAUCUCUAGCUCUGGAUCCUGCCAAUGGCUACAUGUACUGGACAGAGUGGGGUGGUCGUCCCCGCAUAGCCAGAGCCUACAUGGAUGGCGACACCAUCAUUACGUUAGUGGAUAAGGUGGGCCGUGCCAAUGGACUGACAAUUGAUUAUGUGGAGCAUCGACUCUACUGGACUGAUUUGGACACAUGUAUGAUUGAAAGCACCAACAUGCAAGGCCUUCAGAGGGAGAUAAUCGUGGAUGACCUUCCUCACCCCUUCGGACUCACUCUGUAUAGGGACUUCAUCUACUGGACAGAUUUCAACCUGCGCAGCAUUGAGCGAGCUGACAAACGCAGCGGGCUGAACCGCACCGUGGUACUGCAGGGUCAGCUGGAGCUGAUGCUGGACAUCCUGGUUUUCCACUCCUCCCGUCAGGAUGGGACCAAUGAAUGCUCACAGAACAAUGGGAACUGUGGCCAUCUGUGCCUGGCCACUCCUGCUGGAGCUCAGUGCCGCUGCGCCUUCCACUACACCCUCAACCCUGAUGGGAAAAACUGUAGUUCUCCUUCAAGUUUCUUGCUCUUCAGCCAGAGGGCCAGCAUUAGCAGGAUGGUGUUAGGAGACCAGAGUCCGGACAUAAUCCUUCCCAUUCAUGUCACGAGGAACGUCCGAGCUGUGAGUUACGAUCCACUGGAGCGCUUGGUCUAUUGGCUGGAUGGACGGCAGAACAUACGAAGAGCCAGAGAUGAUGGCACCAUGUCUUCAAUCAUAGUUAGCAGUCCUGCUCAACAAGUGGAUAAUCAGCUUCAUGACCUGAGCCUUGACCCCUACAGUCGUCACAUUUACUGGACCUGUGAGACUACCAACACCAUCACAGUUCAGAAGAUGGACGGUCGCAUCGUCGGUGUGGUUGUCAAGGAUGAUACUGAUAAGCCAAGAGCCAUCGUGGUCAAUGCAGAAAAAGGGUACAUGUACUUCACUACUGUACAGGAGCACUCUGCUAAGAUUGAAGGAGCGAGUCUGGAUGGAACAGAGAGAGAGUCCUUGUUCUCCACUGGUCUGAUUAGACCUGUGGCUCUGGCUCUGGACAACAAGCUGGGAAAACUGUUCUGGGUUGAUGCUGACCUCAAACGCAUCGAGAGCAGCGACCUGACAGGGGCCAAUCGCAUUGUCCUGCAGGAUUCCAACAUCCUCCAGCCGAUGGGGCUGACAGUUCUUGGGGAUCAUCUCUACUGGAUUGACCGGCAGCAGCAGAUGAUCGAAAGGGUAGAUAAACUGACUGGAGAGUUCCGCACACGCAUUCAGGGACGGAUAUCAUACCUGACAUCUAUCCACGCAGCAUGGGAGAUGGACCCAUCAGAGUUUGCAUCCCACCCUUGUUCCCGAGACAAUGGAGGCUGUUCUCAUAUCUGCAUUGCAAAGGGUGAUGGAACAUCAACCUGUUCUUGUCCCAUGCACCUGGUUUUACUGCAAGACCUGCUGCACUGUGGAGAGCCCCCCACCUGCUCCACAGAGCAGUUCACCUGCUCCACUGGAGAAAUUGGCUGUAUCCCCAUGGCCUGGCGUUGUGAUGGUUUCCCAGAGUGUGAUGACGGCAGCGAUGAAAUGCACUGCCUCAUCUGCUCUGCCUUCCAGUUCCAGUGUGAUGAAGGAAGCUGCAUCGAUAUUCAGAAACGAUGUGAUGGAGAACCUGACUGUCCUGAUAAGUCUGAUGAGCAUGAAUGCAACACUGUCUGCCCUCCCAACCAGUUCCGCUGUGGGGACAACCAUUGCAUCACUAAAAAACAGCAGUGUGACAAUUACUCAGACUGUCUGGAUGGUUCUGAUGAGCUGGCUUGUGAUUAUAUUUCUCCCUCCUCAAGCUUCAUUCCCAGUAAUGAAACCACCAAUCCCAUUGGCCCAGUCAUUGCCAUCAUUCUGCUCAUGUUUGUGAUGGGAGGAGCAUGCUUUGUCUGUCAGCGUGUGGUGUGUCGGCGCUACAAGGUUCCUAAUGGGAGCUUUCCUCACGAGUACAUCAGUGGGACGCCCCACGUGCCUCUCAACUUCAUCACCCCCAGCAGCUCCCAACAUGGCACCUAUCAAGGGAUCUCCUGUGGGAAGUCCACUCUGAGCUCAGUCAGCCUGAUGGGCAGCAGCAGCAGUGGAGCCCCUCUUUAUGACAGGAACCAUGUGACUGGAGCUUCAUCCAGCAGCUCCUCAUCUACCAAAGGAGUCUUCUACCCAAAGAUCCUGAACCCUCCUCCAUCUCCGGCCACAGAUCGGUCUCUUUACAACACAGAGAUCUUCUAUUCCUCCAACAGUCCAUCUACAACCAGAUCAUACAGGCCCUACCACCCAGUCCGUGGAGGGGCCCCUCCUACGACCCCUUGCAGCACAGACGUCUGUGACAGCGACUACAUGCCCCACCCCCCCCCUGUGGGCAUGCCGCUGUCGGGGGGCCGCUGGAAGGCCCCAGGCCACACCGCUCACGGCAAACCUACGAAAUACUACAUGGACCUUAACUCAGACUCGGACCCCUACCCUCCACCCCCAACCCCACGCUCUCAGUACAUGUCUGCUGAGGAAAGCUGUCCUCCUUCCCCUUCCACUGAACGAUCUUACUUCCACCUGUGCCCGCCUCCUCCCUCCCCCUGCACCGACUCAUCAUGACCCUCUAACCGCCAGGGGAAAUCAAAGGGAUGAAGUGGACUCACUUCUUUGUUCUGAAUUAAACUAAUGUGCCAACAGUCAGCCUGACAGGUGGAGGGGUGGGGUGGCUGUCUCAUACCUGCCACUUUAUAUGAACUAGAAACUAGGGGAAGUGCCUUCUUCAAGCUCCUCCCAUCCUCCAUCUGAUAUUCCAAUCAUCCUCAGGAAGGCUCCUGUUGAGCCCAUGACCUGAGGAGAACUGCUGAGGAGCUGUUGAAGUUUCCAGGCGAUGCCUGUUUUGCCUCAAGCCUCAGAAAAGAGACGAGGAGAGAAUUCAGACCGCAGCUCCUUCCUCCGGUCCCUGGACCUGUUUUUCCUGACCUAGCCAUUUUUUCCUUUAACUCUUCAGUGUGGAAAUAUGAACUGAGCAGCUGAAGAGAAGAGAUCACUGAGACUGAAGCCAACCCACUGGCCGGGGUCUCUGCCCCCCCUGACCUUCCUGCCCCCCUGGCCGUCUGGCCCCAGCAUUUCACUAUGGCAGCAGCAGGAAGCAUUAGGCUGCUAACAGGAAGUCCACCUGAGUCAUAUUUUACCGAUGGAACAUAAACACCGUCCCUUGUGUUUUUAAUUCCCUCAUUCUGUCUUUCAAUCUUAUUGUGCUCCCUCCAUUCCUUCCUCAUAUCCCGCAUAUCUCUGUUCUAUUCUUUCUCUCCUCUUUUUCUCCCUUGUGUUCAUCCUUCUGCCUUUCCAUGCAUGUUUCCUUCUUUGUAUCUUCUUUCCUCUGGUCCUUUCUUACUUUCUUGAUUUUGUGAAUUCCAUGUAUGAAUCUAAUCACGGUGGAAAUCUGUGCCCUAAAUCCAAGGUGAGCUUGAGAAUUUAUUAUUUUAAAAUGUACCUGAAGAACAUCAACAGUUCUUCGGGUACAAGUCUGGAAGAUGUUUAGGAGCUUCUGUGAAUGUUUGCUGGAUGGACUGAAGCAGGUGGAUGCCAUCACAUGUUGGGUGGAGGAAGGAGUGAAUGGUGGCAGCAGGAGGCAGAGGCAGCAUCACCACCAUCAUAGCAGGAACAGCUUCAACUUUUGUACAUAAUGUGGAAUGAAGUCAGUGAACCUGUCUGUCCCUCUCCUCCUUGUCCUGUUUACCAAAAGUAUUUUUGCUGCUAUUAUGUACAGAAUCAAUCAGAUACUAUGAUAUGUAAUUACACAGAAAUGCCAAAAUGAUCCACCUGAUCAUAUUGUCAUCCUGACAAUAGAUUAUGAAGCUAUUUUACAACUAAAAACAAAUUAUUCCUAUAGCAUUUUGUCUCAUUAGUAUAUCUGUAUGUUAGCUCAGCAUGUAUUAGCCUGUCUGUCAUUGUUUUCUCUGAGGACAUUAGCGUUGCCAUGCUAGUGUCUUUAUGUUUGUCUCAUCACACACAGAUCUCAGAAUCAGCAUCUCAGUGUGCAGCUGUGAGAAUCCUGGUGUGGCUCCUCACAAAACAUCCUGCAACCACCAAAGUACGCUUCACUGCUAACAGUUAGCUUCACAGUGACCUUUUCUUGUGACACUUUUUCUAAAAAAAAUAAGUAAUUUUGGAAGAAAUCCUCUAAUUCAUUUUGUUUUCUUCAUGGAAAACACCAGCCUCAGUCUAAUAGUUUAGCCACAUUGGACACAUUCAGACAUCGUUAACUCCCUCACAUAUUUCUUCUGUUUUUGCUUUUUUUUUUUUUUUUUUGUCCCACUAAAGUGAUUUACAUAAUGAAACAAUUUUAAUUUCAGACAACGAUAACUCCAGUAAAUAUGAGAAGCAGUUUAAGUGUUUCAUGUAUCAAGAGAAACAAGCAGUCUAGACCAACCUGGCCCUUUGGGAAGAGAAGUUGCUCCUGAAACGCCUGUCAGGUGUUGGUGAGACAAGUUUAUCAUCCUCAUCACUGUGAAAAAAUCUUGGCCCACUUGUCUUUGAAGAAGAGUUUUAAUUCAGCCACACUGAAGGGAACUUGAGCAUGACCAGCCUGUCAAAGGUCACAUUUAAGUCCACUCUAAGACCAUUAUUUCAGCUUUUGUAGACUCCUUCCUCAUUGUGCGUUUAUUACUUAACAAUACGCUUUCCUCCUAAUAAAUAAAAAGACCAUUUAAAUCAAUUUUGUAUUUGCUCAGCUUAUCUUUGUCUGAUAUUUAAACUCCUUUAAGAUCUUAACAUUUUUUAUGUGGAAAAAAAUGAUAAGGAGCAAAUAUUUUAAAACAAUAAGGGAUUUCACCAACAUUUCUGAAGUAAAGCAACUUCAUGGCCUCAGCACGAGCUUGAUGCUAAUCCUUUCCUACCCAGAAACAUUGAAGCUGCUGCCAGGCGCCGACUGGCCUGACACCAUACUAGUAUCAGUUUCUAGCUGCGGCUCCAUGUCAGCAGCACAACUCAUUUUCCUUCAAGGGCUGAAAACCACUGCCAGUAAAAUUCUGUACAUGCUGUCUCAGCUUUGAAUGCUUUGUGUGAUUUACAGUCCUGAAUUUUUUUUGUAUCAAAAGCAUUUUUAUAUAAUAAAGGUUUUAUUUUAAAGAA